AUGCUGGCUAUCUCAGCCUUUAAGCGGGGUCUACUUCCGGAGGGAGAUCUUUACAAGGAGCUGAUCAAAUACAAGUGCAGGAUUAUGGAAGACGUAUUGUCUCGUGCUUGGGCUCAAGUAAGGUGGGAAGAAGACGUUGCUAGUAGGGCCAAAGCCGGUCCGAAGUACGAUCAGAAGUCAUCAAAGCCUACUAGGAAUGACCACGAUGAGCCCUCUCAUCCCAAGUCCACUAGGGAGACUAGUAUCCCGAACAGGGGCAUGUACCAGCAUCGACCUUUGCCUAGAUCCGAGGGAAUGAUGGUGUCUACAUGGCCUGACAUCUCCCAUCUUGCGAUAUCCAAACCGGAACUUAUCGGCGUCCUACGACAAAUGGGUCGUCAAGUCAAGUGGCCUCCUAAGAUGAAGGCCGCAGAGGCUAAUCGAAACCUCAAGCGAUGGUGUGAGUUCCAUAGUGAUCAUGGUCAUACUACGGAGGAUUGCAUAGCCCUGAAGAGGGAAGUCGCCGAGCUCCUCAAGAAAGGUUACCAAAGGGAGUUCCUCUCGGAUAAGGCCAAAAACCUUCUAAAUAAGGAAGGUCCCGGUCUCCCUAUCGAGGCAACUCCUGCAUUGCCACCACAACAAGACAGGGUGAUCCAUGUCAUCUCAGGCGGAUCAGAGCUAAGCGGAAUUAGCAGUGCCGCAGCCAAGAGAAACGAGAUCAGCUUCACUGCAAGGGAGCAGGAGAAGGUCCUUGCCCCUCAUCACGACGCUCUUGUCAUUUCACUUACCAUAGAAAACUGCUUGGUCAAGCAAAUACUAGUAGACAAUGGGAGCUUCAGCAACAUAAUCUUCCAUUCAGCCUUCGCCGACCUAGGGUUAGAACCUACAGCGCUAACUAGAAAGGCGACUCCCCUUGUAGGCUUCAGUGGAGAAGUCAAGCAAACCUUAGGAGAGGUCCUUCUCCCCGUGUACGCCGAGGGGAUAAACCAAGCCACAAAGUUCCUAGUCGUCGACUGCCCUUCAUCAUACAACGUGAUAUUGGGAAGGCCUUGGAUCCACGACAUGGGAGCCGUACCUUCAACUUUGCAUCAGCUGGUCAAGUUCCCAACCCCUUGGGGCAUUAAGGUGGUCAAGGGAGAUCAAGAGAAUGCUAGGUCCUGCUAUCAGACUACUCUUAAGGGAAAGACUCAGGUCUUAUAG